AAAUUUUUCGAAGAGUCCCUCACACAUUGAAUCCUUUCCCUUUCUUGACGUUACUUACUAUCUUCCAGUGAAACAAAAACUAUUACCCCUUUUUGGACAACUCCUUUUCCAUUUUAGUUCUUCAACUUUUCUUGUGAUCUCAAAAAUCUUUGAUGGGGAGAUUAUUUGUGUUGACUCUUGAAGGCAACUUCUACAGCUGCAAGCAUUGUGGAACUCAUCUUGCCCUUUCUGAAAACAUUGUUUCCAAGUCUUUUCGCUGCAGACAUGGGAAGGCUUAUCUCUUCAGUAAAGUGGUGAAUGUCACUUCUGGCGAGAUGGAAGAUAGAGUGAUGAUGACUGGUGUGCAUACUGUGGCAGACAUUUUCUGCGUCUGUUGUGGGUCAAUUGUUGGAUGGAAAUAUGAGACUGCCCAUGAGAUGAGCCAAAAGUACAAAGAAGGAAAAUCAGUGCUUGAGCGGCUUCUAACACCUCCAGGCACUCUUCUUUUCUCUUCUCUAGAGAUGGAAUCACGCAAAAUUAUGAUGAGUCAGCUGGGAACUUCUAGAGCUCACCCAACUGCAUUGACAUCUAGAUCUUUCCACUGCAGACAUGGGAAGGCUUACCUCUUCAGUAAAGUGGUGAAUGUCACUUCUGGCGAGAUGGAAGGUAGAGUAAUGAUGACUGGUUUGCACACUGUGGCAGACAUUUUCUGCGUCUGUUGUGGGUCAAUUUUUGGAUGGAAAUAUGAGACCGCCCAUGAGAUGAGCCAAAAGUACAAAGAAGGAAAAUCAGUACUUGAGCGGUUUAAGAUUUGUGGCCCUGAUGGAAGCCAUUACUCGGGUAGUCAUGAUACUCAUGUUGCAGGAAGUGAUGCUGAUGAUGUUUGAUCACUAUUCAGAACAAAAAUUCUAUCCAAAAAUGUACAUUCUUUAAACCACCACCCUAUUAGUUCUUUAUGGACCAUUGGAUUCUUGAAUAGCUUAAGCUAUUACAACUUCUUUAAGCUUGUCCUUUAUUGUGUAUGAUAAUAUGGAAGCAGACAUGUGUUGUUGAAAACUAACAUGACCAUCUGCCUGUAUUUGUUUGCAAUGACAAGACAUUACUAGUAGCAACCACUAUGCUUUAA